AUGCAGGGUGUGGCCGUGAUGCUGCACGUCAUCAUGCAGUCCCUUCCCGACUUGGCAAACAUCUUCUUGCUUCUCCUCAUAAUCAUGAUGGUCUUUGCUGUGUUCGGAGUGAAUUUGUUCAGCGCCUCUGUGCCAUCGGCGUUUGGCGACCUCACAGUAGCCCUCUAUACCCUCUUCAUCUGCAUCACUCAGGACGGAUGGAUGACUAUCUAUAAGGAGUUCCAGCAGAGUGGAGCCACACUGCUAUACGGUGCUUCAUUGUACUUCUUCAUCUUCCUCACUCUUGGCGCGUUCAUCUUUGGCAACCUCUUCGGCGCGGUGGUGACCACCAACUUAGAGAUGUGCAUGGCAGAACUUGAUGAAACAAAAAGUGGCAACGAUAAUGCGCUUGCGCUGAACCAGCCUGAGGACGGUGUUAGUAUAACGGACACUAGAAUGGUCCAUUGCGAGGAAGUUGUGGCCAGAACCAGCAUGACCAAGAGGCAGAAGCCAUGGAAGGGAAGUUGCCUGGAAAACCUGAGGGUGGACACCUUUGAGGACCUUACCCUUGUCCUGUCUGCUAUGCAAAAGAACAUGAAGGAGUACAAGGAAAUACGGCAGGAGCUGGAGAAGAUUGUUGAGGCGGUGCACAGUCUCCCCUUCAACAGAGAACAGGAAAAUGCUGUGCUCAUGCGAGACCAUAACGCAGCAACCAUGACAGACAGCUUCCUGAAGAAUGAGGUCGCCACGGGACGCACUGGAGACAUGCUGUCCACUCUUAUAGCACUGGAGAAGGCCCAUGUCAUUGACUCAGGCACGGACUCCCCAGCUGUGUUCCAGAGGGGCUUGCGCCAUGAAGCUAUGCGGCGGAUGUCCAUGGACUCAACAAACAGCAGCGCAGUCCCGCAUUCCUCAUAAACAAAAUACCCAGCACCCAAAGAUACAACCAGGCACAAAUAAGGCACUGUUGCAAGAUUUACCGCCUCACUAAAAAUAUACUAUAGACUCGUGAUAUCUUAUGUACUUGGGUUAACAACAUCUGUGAUAGGGUACAUGGUGUGAAACUACACACUACACUCCUUGAAGAUGUUUAUGUGGAUUUAAUGUUAUGGUUUGGACAUUAUUCAUUUUACAGAGUACUGUUUAUAUUGAGGAGCCACAAUAAAUCUGUUUACAUCACAA